GUUGAAUUAUCAGCUGACCCGGCUGGCUGUUGUUGAUGCCUGAAGUUGCUGCUGUUUGGCCGCUGUGUUGCUCUUAUCAGCGCCUGACGUUGGAGACAAACUAAAGCCGAGCAGAGGACGCGUCGGGCUUUUACCGGCAGGCGAGUUCACGAGUUACGUGGAAAAGCGCAGGAAGCCCCGAAGCCUGGAAGCGGGUUAAAAGGAAGACGGCGAGACCGCAAUCAGCUCUCUUUGUUUACGUCGCGACUGUCUGAACCGCGACAUUUCUUUUGUUUGCCUCCGAUCUAGAAUCGUUUUCUGCACGACCGUUAUUUAUGUUCCUACUUUAUUCCCGUGACGCGCAGGAGCAGCUAGCUCCUAAAAUAACGUUGGCGCAGAUAAACGGCGUUGGAGCUUUGCUGCUUUCGUAACCGCCCGACUGGGACAAACAGCGACAGAGACAAACAGCGACGAUACUCGGGCUUCGACACCCUGUUUUCUUUUCUUUCGUUUUUCAGGUGUCUUAUCACUGGGUCAGUCGGUCUGUUUGGAGACCAGACAGAUGAUGUUACAUCGGAGCAUGUGUGAGAAGUGUGUCUGUUGAACACGUCUGUUCAUUCCUGAAGUUGAAUCGAGGGAAUUAAUCUAAUUAGAUAUCGAUUUAAAACCACCACAACUGGUAAACGGGUCACUUACAAGCUGCCCUUGUAGGUUCAGCUUGGCGUGCAGGUCGCAUCAUCUGUUUGUGUGCAAGCUGUCAGGUCUCACUGACUGCUGUUUAUAACCUAACACUUUUUUUGUUUUCAUUUUAUUUCUUUAAUAACCUAUGACAUGUGAUAAACUGGCCGCCUAUUACUGUAAACCGUAGUUUGAGUAGCUGUUAGAUGCUCACAAGUGGGUAAAAAGUAGCUAGUUAUGAAUUGAAAUAGUCAUCAAACUACUGAGACUGCGCUGUGGUCCGGGACCGACCGGCGAGGAGAAAGGGUCCCUCACAGGGCCCCAUCGUGUCCUGAGGUGAGCGGCCCCCCACUACUUGCCAAUGCUGGACCUUGAGGUGGUGCCGGAGAGAUCACUGGGAAAUGAGCAAUGGGAAUUCGCCUUAGGGAUGCCGUUGGCCCAGGCCAUCGCUAUUCUGCAGAAACACUGCCGCAUCAUCAAAAAUGUGCAGGUGCUAUACAGUGAACAGACACCACUCAGCCAUGACCUCAUACUGAACCUGACUCAGGAUGGGAUCAAACUGCUCUUUGAUGCCACCAAUCAGAGACUCAAGGUGAUUGAAGUGUACGACCUGAGCAAGGUCAAGUUGAAAUACUGUGGAGUCCAUUUCAACUCUCAGGCCAUUGCCCCCACAAUAGAGCAAAUAGACCAGUCAUUUGGAGCCACGCACCCCGGAGUUUACAACGCUGCAGAACAGCUGUUCCAUCUCAACUUUCGAGGCCUGUCCUUUUCCUUUCAACUGGACUCAUGGAAUGAAGCUCCAAAAUACGAGAUUCCACAUGGCGCCAUGGUCAAGAGGAUGCACAUCUACACCGGCAACAACCUGCAGGAAACAAGGGCUCCCGCGAUGCCGUUGGCUUGUUUCCUGGGUAACAUCUUUGCAGAAAGCGUUGAUGUCCUGAGAGACGCUGCAGGGCCUCUGGGGCUUAAACUCCGACUUCUCACCGCAGGUUGUGGUCCUGGUGUGAUGGCUGAUUCAAAAGUGAGAUCCCUAGAAAGGAGCAUCUCCUUUGGGGAUUCGUGUCAGGAUGUACUGGGUGCUCUGGGCUCGCCGCAUAAAGUCUUCUACAAGUCCGAGGACAAGAUGAAGAUCCACUCUCCGUCACCUCACAAGCAGGUCCCUUCAAAAUGUAACGACUACUUCUUCAACUACUUCACCCUUGGAGUGGAUAUCCUGUUUGACUCUGCGACUCACCUGGUUAAGAAGUUUGUUCUACACACCAACUACCCCGGCCAUUACAACUUCAAUAUAUAUCAUCGAUGUGACUUUAAGAUUCCACUCGUCAUUAAGAAAGAAGGAGCCGAUUCUCAGACGGAGGACUGCCUGCUAACAACCAACAGCAAGUGGGAUCAGAUUCAGGAGCUGCUCGGUCACCCGAUGGAAAAACCCGUCGUGCUCCACAGGUCCUCAUCAGCAAAUAACACCAACCCGUUCGGCUCUACGUUCUGCUUUGGACUGCAGAGGAUGAUCUUUGAGGUGAUGCAGAAUAACCACAUAGCAUCCGUGACCCUUUAUGGGGCUCAUCGGACCUCAAGUCAAACCCGACCCGAGUCCAGCAGCAGUUCCCACUGAAUCAGUAACUAGAACCUCAUCCCAUCCUGGCCUGUCCUGAGUCGAGUAUCUCUGCUGACUGAAUGUCUAACCAGCACCAGAUUCAUUACCAAGCAGACCGAAACCAGAUGAAACAAAGUAAUUCCUACCAAGCUCAGAUGCUACUCACUGAACGGAACCGCAACCAGAAUCCAGAAUAACCAAGUAGCACCGGGUUCGAUUCAACCUUUCCUGCUGGCUCCCCGAGACUCUCUCUCCCAAUCAGACAACAUCUGGUCGCCACAGUCAACCCAACCCGGACUAUCCCAGGAACCAGGAUGCAGUGACAUGGUCGACAGUCGAUGGAACUAUCGGAAUAAUGUCUUGGUGGUGUGAGAAUAUCAAGCUCUCUGUGCUCAAAUAGUGCUCAGCUGUUUCCUGUUUCCAUCCAGUGACUCAAUUUGCCCAGAAACCACAGAACAGUACGUCCAGGCUGCAGUUUGGAUGGCAUGCUUCCACGGCUGCCUUUUUAUUGGACAAAAACCUCCAUCACUUUGUGGUGAGAUGAUCAGCAAUAUCAUCUGAACACACAUCUCUACAUAAACUGCUUGAGCCAAGGUCUUGAAACAACCUCUUGCUUGACCCACUAAAAAAACAUCAACCAACCACACUGCCAGCCCAACCAGUACCGCCUCCCUUCCUGCAACAGCCGAAGAACCAUGCUCGACCAGCCCAAUCAAAGCCCUGACACAUUUAAACCGCAAACAUCAAACCCAACGGGCCCAAACAAAAGCCUUCAGAGCACAUUGGAAACUCUUUAAGAAUUUUAAGCAGAAACGCAUGAUAACCCAGAUGUUUUCAGACAAGAGAAGAACCAAACGCCUGUAGGGUUUGGGCAUACAUGUGGCACAGAACACAUCCACAAGGGCCGGCUGACCAGAUGUGAAGCCUCCCCGAGGAAAAACGGUCCAAACAUUGUCAACAGUAUUGUCUCCCUCUCAAACCGUCUCAACAGUUCUACACAGUUCAAACGCACACUCACAAGCACAGCACUCAACACUAUUAACCCACCACAGCUGUUAUGUGCAGCUCUAGAUGUUGUUGUGUCUGUCUCUUAUUCACAGACACACACACACGCACACACACACUUGGAUAAAUGAGCAUCUGCAUGUAUAUUGGAGGCUGUUACGAAGUUUUCACAGCAUCCGAUUCAAACACGCACAUAUAUUUAGUCUCUCCACUCAUAUAACGUGUUUCCAACCCACAAAAUAUGGUUUAUCUUUUAGCGUUUUUUUAAUGCAAACCAAACAUGCAGACAUGACACAAAGAUUUACAUGCAAGAUGAUGAUUUUGAAUGAGGAAAGUUAAGAGCACAAACUGGCAACCUGUUUCUAUUUGUAUUUGGUCCUGCGUGUCGCGAGGGGCCUACACUCGUCUGCCCUGCUUUAUUCGUUCACACCAUGACCAUUUCCACCGUGGUCUCUUUUUACAUUUGCACUAAUAUACACCUUUUUUACUUGAUGGCUUCAUUGAGCCCUAUCCUCACACACAGAUUUGUGGAGGCAAUUCGGAGAGAUGGUGGUGUGCGUGUUUUUAUCCACGAGCUUAGUCGUAAGACGGGUCCUCCCACAGUGCACGAUGUAUGUGGUCAUAUCAUCUGUGUUACACUCAUCCGCCUGUUCCCUUCUCUACACGUGAUUGAUACGUCACAAUUCUUCCCGCAGUAAUGUCUGCAUUUAUUGUUGUAUUGCCAAAUGCUUCAGCCAAAGACGAUUCUGCAGGAUUUCAUGUGAUCAGCGGUCAUUAUUGUGCAGAGGGUCGUUAGUUGUCUGUCCCCCUUCUCUUGUGUCUUGUAUGUCAAACCUGAACAUUUCAGUCAUUGCCGCGGUAACGCCUCUAAAUUCAGCUCCUUGUUUCUGUAAUUGCUGACAGUAAUUACACAAGACGUUGACUCGUGUGUUGUGAUACCGAUCAGCCUGUCUUUCAUCAGGGUUUGCUUACAGCCACAGAUACUUUAACAAUAGUAGUGUUCUAUUGUACACUUGUUUGUUGUUGUCAGAGCUAUAAUUAAAAAACAUCCUCUGUGAAUUCAGUACAUUUAAACCCAUUUAGGAAAUGGGAAAGAACAUUAUCAUUCCGUUAUAACAUUUGAUUCCCUCCAAAAGACUGAAUUUGGAAUAUUUUUCCUCAUAGGCAUUUAAAUAAACUGUUUAAUCAUUUGAUCCUUUUGAUACAUAUUUCAUUUGUUUUGUUUUUCCUUUACUGUUGAAUUUGUGAUUGCAUGUACCAGCACACGUUAAUACAUCGAUGUUGAAGUCAGGACACCUUUACAUAACCAAAUAUUGAAAGCAACUGAGGAAUUGAGUACAAUAAGGCUGCUUGAAGAUGGGUUCCAGUGCAGUAUUUUAGGAUCUACACAAAGAUGUCUUGUUUGUAACAACUUGAAGUCAGUUUCGACGUGUUCAAGUGGCUUCACUGUGGCAUUUUAAUAUCCAUUACUUGGGUUGUCUUCAUGUUCUUUACUAACCCAAACUGACUAAAUCAAAUGAUUGAUUUCAUCCUUCAUUGAAACAAGUUGCAUCACAGUGUGAGUUAGUUUGUUACAAGCAACAGCCAAACAACAUUACUGCAUUUCUGAUUCAUUAUUCAUUAUAUUAUUAAAUAGGAAAAACUUUUACAAUUAUAGCCUUUAUUUACAGCACUAUUUCAUGUGGUAUUUUACCACACAAGAAUACCUGUGGGAAUUAAUUUAUGUGCUGUGUAAAGUGUUGGUUUGGCUGUUCUGAUAUACAAUUUUCUAUGUAUUUAGGCCCUGUUUCUUCAAGCUGAUGUUGUACAAAUGCUGUAAAUAGCUGAAUGCUCUUAGUUGGCAUCCUUUUAUUUACAUCCUCUUAUUGGCUUUGCAAUGACAUAACUGACUCAGGCUGAGUGUUUUAAAAUGUCUUCCUUAAAGCCCAACUGCAUCAUUAAGAAGCAGUUAUUUUUGUACUGCAGACCACUCUGUAUUUGUGUGCACUGCUGAGGCUGCAAGUACUCUGUUGAUUCCACAAAAACAUCUUAAAAUAGAAAAGCUCCAUUUGUGCUGGAAGGGAAACAAUCUCAAAUCUGUACUGGAGGAGAACUCGUGUUUUCAAGCGUAAACAACUAGAAAUCAAUAUUUUAUUUGCUGCAGUCCGAAUGUGUACUAGUUGAGGUGAUUGGGUUUUGGGGCGCAUGAGAUAUGAAUGUUUUACAGUCUGGUUUCUCAUACUGGGAUCCAAAAAGCUAGCUGAUGUUUCAAGAUAAAUUGAACAAAUAGUGUUUUUUUAUUUUUUAUUGAGCUCCACUAAAGUUAGGAACCUGGAACCACAAAGUUCCCAAAUCCUGCUUUGGUUGAUCUGCAUGACUUGAACACGGAAACCCAUUUAAUAUAAUUGCCAUGGUGGCUAUAUUCCAACGUUUUGCUCAAAUUUGCUUUUGUACAAGUAAAAACGUGAAAAUGAAGGGAAACGCAGUUGAACCUCAAAUCCCACCGAGCCCGUCUUUGACUUCUGUCUUUAUCCCCUCUGUACAAAAUGAUCUCAUUGUUCAUAUAGUUAUAGACUAUAUUUAAACCGCACUGAACAGUACGUGUGUGCAUGUAACGGAGCAUUAGCAGCGAGUUAACGUAUGGCCUUGCCUUUUUAGUUUUCUUGGAAGGCUGCUUUGGCAUCACCGAGACAAGGCAAAAGUUAGUUCUCUAUUUCCGUAAACGUAACGUAAUCCGUUGUGGAAUGUCAAUGUUAGUAAUGCCAAACAAACGGAACAAUGUGUUCACAACCCUUCAAGGCUCAUCAUGUUUAGUUACUAAGGAAUACAUGAUUUUAGAAAUGCAGUUCUUCUUUUAGACCUGAAGGAAACCCAUUCCUCGCCUGCUUCAACAACAUUCAUUGAUUAUUCCUCAAAACAACUUGUUAUUUAAGCGUUGCUGCUUCGGAAACGGAUGGCGCAAUUGUGAUAUGAAAAAACAAACAAUAUUCUUUCAAACAAUACAUACAUGCUCAAUGAUUAUAGGGAAUCUGAUUAUUCAAUAUAUAAUUCACCCCAUAAAACAGCUCGAACCGUUAACCCAGUUUUGGUAAACUGAGCCCAGGGAGGGCUACGGGUCGCUGGGCAGGAAAACUCACCCGAACUCAGGUGGACUUAUCCCAUCCUUGUUUUUCUAAAAUGUUUCCUGUAGUUAAUAAGUGAAAAGUAAGCAUGUCUUUUUAAUCCAAAUGCUAAAAUAAGUUCAUUAAUACUGAAUGCAGAGAACUCCAAUUAUUUUUGCAUUUCCACUGAACAAAAUGCAAUAACAAUACUAUAUAGUGCAUAGAGAAAGAUUCGGUUGACUGAAGCUUUGGUACAGCACAAUAAUUAUCGCUGCGUUGUGAAGGUUGCUGAAGUAAGCUUCUGCUGGUAACUCAAAUGGGAUAAUUCGGCUGGACUGUAAUGAAAAUAAAUUCCCUCAUCAAUGUCAAAGUUCAUUGUAUGUACAAACAAGAUAUGAAAAUGUGAUGAAAACAUUUAAUAAAAAUGUGGAUGUGCAAAA